AGAGAAGAAGAGAAGAGCAUAGAAAAAAAGUAGGAAAUGAACUCCACAGAGGAUUGGAAAUCGUUGUGGCCAAUUGGCCACGUCUUCUCUCCUCCUCUCCUCCUCUCUGGCUCUUCUGCAAAAUCCUUAGGCCCUCUUCUCUUUACUCCAUCUCCCAAAACCCUAACCCUCCUCUUCUCGUCCCCCUCUCUCUGCCCUCCAAUCCAUCCCCCUCGUUCCCUCUCCAUUCUUGAAUCCCUCCAUUCAAUAACCCAACCCUCCAAAGACACUUACAUCCCCCCCUCAGUCAUCUCCUCCAUCGCCCUCGACAAUGACUUCGGUUCUCAAUCCGAUGCAGACAUAACUCCCUUAUUCAAUAACAACCUUCAAAUGCUUCGUUGCCCAGAUGGAGAAUUCCUGCUUUUGUUCCCAACUGGGGAGAAUUUUGAUCGGGUUGGAUUUGUUGUGGUGUCGACAAAAGAACCCACUUGGAAAGUUAAUCUCAAUGCAGAUGGUAAUAUAUUUACAACGCCUAAUGGGCUCAAUCAUCGGAUUCUUAGAAUGUCUGCUACUGCUUCUGUUACUGAAUUGAGUAGUUGGGAUCUUCUUUCUCCUUCUGCUGCUGGCGAUUCUAUUGUUGUUGGUUUGCUGUUUGCUUGUACUAUGUAUACUGUUCAUUGGUUCAGUGUUGAGGUUAACAAUUCAGGUUCAAAAAGGGGGAGACCGGUUUUAGUUCAUUUGGGUAUGAAGGAGUUUCAUAGUUCUAUUGUGAAUGCUUGUUGGAGCCCACAUUUGGAUGAAGAGAAUAUUGUUUUGUUAGAAAAUGGUGGAUUGUUCCUGUUUGAUUUGGGUUCUUAUUCAGGUUCUAGUAAUUUUGCUGAUGAAUUGAAAGGAACCAGGAUCAGGAUUUCGUGGAAGGAUUUUGGUGUGGAUUUGGAUACUGAAUGGGUGAGCUGUGGAUUUGCUUGGCACCCUCGAAUCUUGAUUGUUGCCAAUUCUAAAUCUGUUUUCUUAGUGGAUGUUAGGUAUGAGGAAAGCAGUGUGAGUGUUUUAGCUGAGAUUGAGACAUUUGAUUUGAAUAAUUCAAGGGGGACAGAUCGAUUUGUUGCAUUCUCUAUGGCUGGUUCUGGUGGCUUCCAUUUUACGGUGGUGAGUAAAUGUUGGUUAUUUCUUUUUGACAUCCGCAAAUCAUUGGUGCCUGUGUUGCAAUGGGCCCAUGGCCUUGAUAACCCACGUUAUGUCAAUGUAUUUAGUUUGUCUGACUUAAGGCAAAAACUAGUAGAUGAUAAAUAUACAUGGGCUUCUGAAUCAGGUUUUGCCAUUUUGUUGGGUUCUUUCUGGAGCUGUGAAUUCGGUUUAUUCUGUUAUGGACCUUCUGUACAAGCUUUAGAUGGACCGAUGACACCUAAAAUUUCGAAAUUCUGCAACUCCCUCUAUGCAUGGGAACUCCCUUCAGAACUCUCCUUGUCGGGUCGCCAGUGCCACUGUGGAGACUGCCUAUUAAAAGAGGAUUUUUGGAAGACCAACCUUCCUUCAUGGAUUGAUUGGCAACAGAAGAAAGAAAUAGUUAUGGGAUUUUGUAUUCUUGGCAAAGAUUUGCUAGCCCCUGUACCUGAAAGAGAAUUUGCCAAUGGGUUCACAUUGAUUAGACUGAUGUCAUCAGGGAAACUUGAAAUACAGACGUACAAUUCCUUGUUUGAUUCUCCUAGUGCAAAGUCAGAAGCAGGGGAAGGAAUGCUAUUACAGUCUGAAGAUUGUCUUCUAUAUCAUUCGAGUGAUCAGAAAUAUAAAUUUCCUAGGAAAUUCAAGUAUUGGAAACUUGACUAUCUCUUUGCAUAUUUGAAUUGCAAUCUUGUGGACUUGCUGACUAAAAAGAUAAGAAACCCUGGGAUUGAUCCUACUGAAGCGAUUCCUUAUGAUCAAGACUGCAAUAAACUUCCAUGUGAUCAGUUAAAGGCUGCUGGUGUUGAUCCCAAAGGGUCGUUGCUUAUGACUGCCCAAAUUUUUAGUACCAUCAGCUUGCCUAUGAGCAUACAUGAGAUUGCUUUGAGGAGACUCUGGACAGGGUUACCGGUGGAUCUUCUACAGUUAGCUGUUCCUGACCAGUCAGAGCUCCUUGAAGUUCUUACAGAGUUGAAGAAGGUCUCAUCGACACUUUUGGAUGUUCCAAAUUUAUCCCAGUUUCCGUCUUUUUUGUUUCGAAAGCCCUUGAACCACAACAAUAAGUCAUUGCACAAAGUGCACCAUGGUGAUGCUGUUCUGGGGCCUUCGCUUCCACUUCCUGUUCUGCUUACACUUGAUGCGAUUUAUAAGAAGAAGAGCUGUUCAGAUUUGGAGGAAGAAGCAAGUGGAUAUUCGGCCAAGACAGAGAUCAGCCACCAAUGCAAUGAAAUCAUAAAGGUGGCUAACAAUGUGGCAUUGAUAGGGUCUCAUUCUGUGGUUAAUGAUUCCUAUGUUGUCUCCCUUUCCAAUGACACAGACGAGGCAUGGGUUGAUUCUCAAAAGCUGAAACAGCCAAAAUGUUUCUUCUCUUACAGACCCCAGGCAUUUUCUGAUAACAAUGGCUCUACCAUGCGUUGUGCACAAGACGAGCCAGUUUUUGAAGAAGAGAAAUAUACUACCUUCAUAUAUAAAAUGCAAGAGGAGAUUGCCCCUGAACUAAAUAGGGAUUCUAAGAUGCAUGAGUUUCCCAAUUCCAGUAACAAACAAAAUGGAUUAGAAAUGUUUGAUGAGCUAUGCCCAGUAGAAUUGAAAUUUGAUGUUUCUCCUAUGAACUUUGAGGUUACUGAGAUGAAAGGAUACAAGCUCCUGAAGAGACAGUUCUCAAAAUGGCAAGCAGGUUUUAAGCCAUAUCAAGAUUACUGCAGUCAGUUCAAGCUCCAAAAGCAUGUUCCUUGAUUCUUGGGCAUUGUCUCAAUUUUUUUCAUAUUUUCCUGUGUCGCGCGCUAACUUUGUCGGCCAUUAAUGCUUCAGUGCUGCUCCCCUGAUGUGAUUUUGUUGCUUUUACUUGUUGGGACGAGAUGAUCUUUCAAGGAAGAAAUUUAUGCUUGUGAGCAGAUUCUGUCUUGGGAGGAGUAAAGGUAUUAAAGUAAUAUAGCUAUUAUAUAAUAUGUUUU